CAAGAUAUUCACCAGAUGCUGUUGACUGUCAUUCUUCCCCACGAAAAAAAAGAAAGUACGCUUUUUUAGUUUCAUUUUUAUCUUUUUUUCUUUAUCUCAUUCACGCACGUUCAUCCAUUCUUGCAUUCACUAAUCAACCAUGGACAUUCGGCAGUGCUACAAUGAUUCACGACUCCGCGUUGACUGGAGUGACAAACGCAUGUGGUUUUCAGUAGCAUCCAUCAUCUUCAAUCCAACCUUCUGGAACAUCGUCGCGAGAAAAGAGUACCGCUCAAAGUUUAUUACCCGCUUGUUCAACGGCAACUCACUCUACGGAUGCUAUGCUCUUGCCGCCACUAUUUUCACCCUCGGUCUGAUCCGUGAUGCAAUCUUCAAGCAUGCUAUUGAUAAUCAGCCCAAGGCAGAAUGCAUGAAUAUCCUUCCUAUUCAAGUCUUAGCCUGGCUCUGCCUUAUUGUUGGAAACCUCUUUGUACUUUCCUCAAUGUGGGUGCUCGGGGUGACUGGCACCUAUCUUGGCGACUACUUUGGUAUUUUGAUGGAUGAGCGUGUUACAUCGUUUCCCUUUAAUGUUAACAACAAUCCCAUGUAUAAUGGCACAGUGAUGAUCUUUUUGGGAACUGCUCUCUGGUCCUUGAGCCCUGCCGGGAUCUAUUUGACUUGUAUUGUCCAUUUCGUCUACCGUAUCGCCUUGAAGUUUGAAGGACCCUUCACGACAAUGAUCUACAACAAGCGUGAUCAGGAGCGCUCAGCAGCCAAAGCUCCAUCUGCUCCAAAGAAUGUCAAGAAGAAUGCCAAAUCAGGAACAAAGAAGGAAUUGUAACUAUAAAGAAAUAGAGACACGAAUAAAACUGAGGAAAGGUUUCCUACGAUUCAUAGAUCAAGAUUGAGUCAAGGGCUUAAUUUAUACUAAAUUAUGAAUGCU